AUGAUCUCGGUGAGAUCUAGCGAUCUGGGUUUGCAUGUCGGUUCUGAUUUAAACCCUAGGGGCGACAGCGAUGGCGUUUUAUCGGAUCGGGAUACAAAUUUUGGUGACGAUCUCCGUAUCGGUUUAUGGGUGCUAUUCUCGGUUUUGUUACGGUGGUUUGAAGAGAAGAUUGUUGAAGCCUACGGAUCUAGUGGGAAGGAGAGUACGAGAUUCAUGAGAUCUCAUAGCCUCGGAGCAAUCGGAAAUUGGGAUUCGAAAGGUGUGAUUAAGGAAAGGAGACAACUCCGAUCUAAUAAGGGACAAAAGGGAAAGUGGGAGACUGAAUCGAAUCUCUACGAAUAUUUCACGGGCCUACGAUCGGAGUCCCGGUGGAGGUAUUUCGUGGAGGAGACUAAGGAAGGUUUUGGGCAACAAGGAAUCAUCAAGGAUGGCAAGUGGGAAACCAAAUCGAAUCCCUGCGAAUUUUUCACGGGUAUACGAUCGGAAUCCCGGUGGUGGUUAAUUGCGGAGGAGAAUAUGGAAGGAUGGGGGCAAAAAGGAAGUAGGGAUAUUGCGAUGGAGUCUCAUACAUGGAAGUUUCAUGAUUGCAUAUGGGUAAAUUAUUCUCUCGCUGAUUUUUGGAAUUUUAGUUUCAAAAUUUGCGGAGAUUCUUCGGAUAUCAUCAUAAUUAUGAAUGGUGAUUCAGUGAGAUUUGAAGGAAUCGUAGUAAUUGAGUUGAGGCAGUAUAAAAAGACAGUCACAAUCCGGCUUAUUCAAUAUUGUCUCUUUUCUGUUCUUCUGAGAAUUUUCUUUCUGAGUCUUAUUCUGAGAGUUCUUAUUCUUGUUUUUCCGGUUGUGUUAAUCAUAAGCUUUUGCAUCGGUGUUGUUGUGCAAGGUCUAGCGAUGACUCAGGGAAAACUCGUUGGUAAUGGUGCUUCAAACCAAGGUGACAAGAAGCCGGUGAAUCGUUUGAAGAUCACGGUGCCUCGUUUCGAUAAUACGGCUCUUAUCAGAGGUUACUCACGAACCCUGAUCGGAAGGUGUAUGAAUCCGGCGGCUCAGGAUGUGAAUGCGCUUUUGCACCACAUGCCUCGGUUCUGGAAGAUGGAGGAAUGGGUGGCAGGAGCGGACUUGGGAAUGGGGAGGUUCCAGUUUGACUUUGAUAAUGAGGAAGAUAUCGUGGAGGCAAUUAAGUUUUGGGUUCGGAUGAUGGGGAUCCCAUUACAUUUUUGGGCGGAACCAACAUUCAGAAGCAUCGGAGAAGCCAUUGGUGAAGUAAUAGAGGUGGAUAUCGAUGGAGGUCGGGUCCAUGUGUGCCUUGACGGGUAUAAGCCUCUGGUCUUUGAGACAACUGUGGAGUUUUAUGGUGGGGAAGAGACGUGUCCAGUGCUUCGGAGAGCUCGAGAGGAACGGGAAAAUCAAAAGCGACGGGAUGAGAAACCGGACGGCGGUGCUAUGAGUUACAAAGGUGUCGUUCUUAACGGGCCCGGAGGAGAGAACGGUGCAGUGAGACAAUCUCACCAUAAUGCUGCCGGAGAUCUGAAAGGCAAAGGCAAGGCUGUGGAGCAGCAGGAAGAUAGAGGAAAAUGGCAGGCGGGAUUUCGUGGAAAUGGAAAGCACGGAGGCGAGACUUCUGGAGACCAGCGAAAGCCUGCGGGAUUUGGUUCCCAUGAUAACAGGAAGAGAAUUAACCGGCCGAUGACAAUUUUCAGGCCUUAG